ACAAAAAACCAACCCUAUUGGCAUCACAACAAUAAACAAAAUAAUCCAGGAAAGAAAACCGCAAAAAUUGUAAAGAAAAAAAUCAUCAAAAAUUGCUGCUCAACACAAGUGGGACUACUCCCAAACAAGUCUUUGCUGUUUCUUCGAAAACCAAAACACCAUGAACGAGGCAGCCUUAGCUGGAAUGAUACCGUACGAUACAAUUGGCCUAUAUGAACAACCGAAACCACGUUUCAUAUUUAAAAUGCCGCGUGUGGUUCCUGAUCAAAAGUCGAAAUUCGAAAGUGAUGAACUUUUUCGUCGUUUGAGCAGGGAGAGUGAGAUACGGUAUACGGGUUAUCGUGAGCGAGCUUUGGAGGAAAGACAAAUACGCUUUCAAAAUGGCUGCCGGGAAGGUCACACUGAGAUUUCAUUUGUGGCAUCGGGCACAAAUUUACAACUGGUUUUCAAUGCCACCCAGAAUCCCUAUAUACACGACAAGGAGUGCGAGUUUGAAAAGGAGCCGGGAAAGGUGCAUAUUAAAUCUUAUUUCAUUAUGAAUGGAGUAUGUGUGCGUUUCCGCGGCUGGCUAGAUCUGGAGAGGUUGGAUGGUGUCGGUUGCUUGGAGUAUGACGAACGCAGGGCUAUGCACGAAGAUGCUAUACUAAGAGAUCAGAUAGAUCGUUAUAACCAAAGAUUGCGGGAAUUUGAGGAUUCUAAAAGAGCUUAUCGGGAAAAUCGUCCAGAAGACAUGGACGCCGUACGACGGGGUGUAGCCUCGGGCGGUAUUGGAGUUGGUGCAGCAAAUAUAUGGCGACGUUAGAGACAUUAUUUUCAUAAUUAUAUUGCAAUUUCAUUUUAUAUCAUCAUUUUAACCAAAAAUAUAUUCUUUACAUCACAGCUCAUUUUUAAAUAUUUAAGAGAUAAAACGUAUUAAAUUUUUAAGUAAAAUUAUAAUAAUUGCAUUCAUUAUUAUAUAAACGUACUUGUAAACUUAAACAUAUAAAUAAAAUAAAACUUAGAAAAACCA